AUGAUAGGCGGUAAUUUGUCCGCCACAUUUAACGCCCUACGGGUCCUUUAUGAUCCAUCAUUAUGUUUACCUCAUAUGGUCAUCCCGACUUUUGCACAUUUACCUGUGCCCUUGAGGUUUCCCGGGCAAAAGUCGGAAAUCAGAGCUGUGAUAUUGGAUAAAGAUAAUUGCAUAUCCGAGAAUUAUGCACUAGAGGUUUACGGGCCUUACAAGGACAAAUUCGAAGCCCUCAAAGCAGCCUACCCAGGGAACCGUCUCCUGAUAGUCUCCAAUUCCUCGGGCACCCAGGACGACAAAGACGGUAAAGAGGCGGCUCUUCUAUCACAAACUCUUUCAAUACCAGUUCUCCGCCACAAUGUUAAAAAGCCAGGUUGUCUGGACGAAAUCCUAGCAUAUCUGCGCGCCUGUCCAGACGUUCAACUAGAAUCACCUUCCCAAAUCGCCGUUGUUGGAGAUCGUUUGUUCACCGAUGUCAUGAUGGCCAACAUGAUGGGCGCUUGGGGUGUGUGGGUUCGAGAUGGCGUAGAUGUCAAGUAUUCUAGUGCUUUCUCGGGUUUCGAGAAAGGUCUUCAUGAUUUUCUUGUGAAACGGGGGUACCAACCGCCGUCGCCGCUAUCGAAAUCAUGA